GUAACUAUCAAUUCUGUUUUCACUGUUCCGUCGAUUUCUGAAAUGGGUUCUCCCGCUGAAGAUCGUUCAGAGAUUGUGUUCUUCGAUGUCGAAACCAGCGUUCCGACCCGACCCGGUCAGGGCUUCGCAAUUCUCGAAUUCGGAGCCAUUUUGGUUUGCCCCAGGAAGCUCACGGAGCUCCGAAACUACUCCACUCUCGUCCGACCCGCCAACCUCUCCGUCAUCUCGCCGUUGUCGGAGCGAUGCAACGGUAUCACCCCCGACGCCGUUGCCUCCGCUCCUACUUUCGCCGACAUUGCUUACGCCGUCUACGACCUUCUUCACGGGCGAAUUUGGGCGGGUCAUAAUAUUUUAAGGUUUGAUUGUGUUCGGAUCAGAGAUGCAUUUGCUGAGAUAAAUCAGGCGCCACCUGAACCGAAGGGUACUGUUGACUCUUUAGUUUUGUUGACUCAGAAGUUUGGAAGAAGAGCUGGUGACAUGAAGAUGGCUACUCUUGCAACCUAUUUUGGGCUUGGACGACAGACACAUAGGAGUUUAGAUGAUGUUCGGAUGAAUCUCGAAGUCCUCAAAUACUGUGCAACGGUUCUAUUCUUGGAGUCAAGUCUCCCAGAUAUAUUCACUACAAAUUGUUGGAUUUCACCAAAUGCUACUACAAGAAGCCGUGUUAAUGGGAAAUCUCCUUCGGAGGGGGGUUUAUUAAAUAUCAAUAAGGAUUCUGUAUUGUUAUCAUCUCCUGCAGCUGAAAAUAAAAGUCAUCCAAUAUCUUAUUUGACAAUGAGCAACGCAAAUGGGGAUGUCCCAAAUGUUGCAGAUCCUAAUACAGUUCAGUCGGAUCCUUUUAACUUGAGUGCUCUUGAGCAUGAAAUAACAAGAGAAACUGUUCAGUCAAAUGUUGCCAUGGAGAGAAAACCCAUGCAAGAGUCACCUGAUUUGUCUUCCUCGUCUUCUUUGUCUCAGCCUUGCAGCAGCUCUCUUGUUUUAGUACCCGAUGAAAUAUGUAUCCCUUCUAUUGACGCAUCUCUUGUUCCAUGUUUCCGAGGCAGUCAAAGGAUAGAGUUACUGCACGAAGGUUACCAAUUUCAGCUUCAUUGUGCUAGUUUGAAAGUGCGUUUUGGAAUAAACACAAAGUUUGUUGAUAAUGCUGGUAGGCCACGAUUGAGUUUAGUGGUUGAUCCAUCACCAAGUUUAUGUAAUGUUCUGGAUGCAUGUGACCGUGUUGCACAGAAGUUAUCCUCAGAUUCUGGUAGCAGCUCUGAUUGGAGGCCAGUUGUUAUUAGGAAAGAGGGCUUCUUCAACUAUCCCACUGUCAGAUUGCAUAUACCUACAGCAGUAGUGGCAGAUGUUGCCAUUUAUGCCACGGAAAUAUAUCAAAGAGAAUCGACUGGUGCAGUGCAAAGACUUCUCUUCAGCAAGUUCGAUGCUGCAGAACUUGGUUCCUUGUUCAUGCCUGGGACGUUUGUUGAUGCCUUCUUCUCCUUAGAUCCGUAUGACUUUCAGCAGAAUGCAGGGAUUAAAUUAGUUUGCAAAAAAUUGAUCCUUCAUUGCAAAUAGAAGGAAGAUGAGAUUUAAGUGUAGGUUAGAUACUACAUGCCAAAAUUGAUAGAUUAUAGAUUAAAUAUUGAUUAUGUUGUAAAGUUGGUUCCAUUUCAUGUUUGUAGUUCAACUGAUCUU